CGAGAGGCGUGGUGUUGGUUAGCGCUGCUUCCACGGCGGUUUAAUGGUUAGCCGCGACCGUCAUCAGCACGAGUGUGUUUCGCCAGGAUAAGUCAUCGGUGGAGCCGGAAUCAUGCUCGGACGUCUCCCCGCGUGUGUCAUCGAUGUUGGCACAGGAUACACGAAAUUAGGAUUUGCUGGCAAUAAAGAGCCCCAGUUGACUAUACCUUCAGCGAUCGCUAUCAAGGAGACAAUUAAGGUCGGUGACAAUAAUGCGAGGAGAAUUACAAAAGGCGUCGAAGAUUUAGAUGCCUACAUCGGAGAUGAGGCUUUUGAAGCCACUGGAUACUCGAUUAAAUAUCCUGUGAGGCAUGGAUUAGUGGAGGAUUGGGACUUGAUGGAGAAGUUCUUACAACAAUGCAUUUUCAAAUACCUCAGGUCGGAACCAGAAGAUCAUUACUUCCUGUUAACAGAACCGCCAUUAAACACUCCGGAAAAUCGAGAAUACACAGCAGAAAUUAUGUUUGAGUCGUUUAAUGUACCAGGACUUUACAUAGCUGUGCAAGCUGUUCUUGCCUUAGCGGCUUCAUGGACAGCCAAGAAUUUAGAGGACCGUACCUUAACCGGCGUCGUUGUGGAUAGUGGAGAUGGCGUAACUCACGUAAUUCCAGUAGCACAAGGUUUUGUUAUAGGAAGUUGUAUAAAGCACAUUCCCAUUGCUGGUCGUGAUAUUACUUAUUUUAUACAAAGUCUGCUGAGAGAACGAGAGAUUGGAAUACCGCCUGAGCAGUCGUUAGAAACAGCCAAGUCAAUCAAAGAGAAAUAUUGUUAUAUAUGCCCAGAUAUAUCGAAAGAAUUCGCCAAAUACGAUAGCGAUCCUACGAAAAUUAAGAAAUAUGAAGGUAUUAACAAUAUCACCAAACAACCAUUUGUCGUGGAUGUCGGAUAUGAAAGGUUCCUUGGACCGGAAAUAUUUUUCCAUCCCGAAUUUUCUAAUCCGGAUUUUACAACGCCGCUCAAUGAAAUUGUUGAUGACGUAAUUCAAAACUGCCCCAUCGAUGUUAGAAGACCAUUAUACAGUAACAUUGUGCUAUCGGGGGGCUCUACUAUGUUCAAGGACUUUGGUAGACGACUGCAACGCGAUAUAAAAAAGAUUGUCGAUACACGGCUGAAGCUUAGUGAGACACUAAGCGGCAGCCAUAUUACGCCAAAACCAAUAGACGUCCGUGUGAUAUCGCAUCACAAGCAGCGUUGCGCGGUAUGGUAUGGUGGCGCGUUGCUGGCCAGUGAUCCAGAAUUCUACACAGUCUGUCACACAAAGAAGGCUUAUCAAGAAUAUGGUCCUGGAAUUUGUCGUUAUAAUCCCGUGUUUCACAGUAUGGUUUAAGAGAUAAAUAAAUGAAAUAAACACGCGAUUCAAAUUA